AUGGCGUCAACAGAACCGAGCCAAACCCCCCAAAUAGCAUUCAUAUCUGGCCCACUAGACACAGGUCCAGACAAAAGCUACUUCACAACGCACUACAAACCCCACAUCGACACCGCAAUCUCCCUCGGACACAAUUUCGUCAUCGGACCCAUCACAUCCGGCAUUGACGCCGACGCCUUGGAAUAUCUCCUGGAGUAUCCUAUCUCACCCUCCCGAAUAACAAUUUUUAUGACUUUCGGGGAGGAUAAAGCAUGGGGCGAAGAGUUCCGAGACCAGGGGGUGAAUGUAUAUGUCCUGGAGGAUAUCUCGGCGAACUCGCAGAAUCGGGAUGCGGAGAUGACGGCCAAAAGCGAUUAUGAUAUUCUUCGGUGGAGGACGGAAGAUGAGGCGAGGAAGUUUUAUGGGCCGUCAUACUGGAAGGGACAUGUCACGAAUACAGAGAGGAAUUGGCGGAGGCGGAGGGGGGUUGGGCUUUGGGAGGCCUUGAGUGAGGAGGAUUAUAGAAGGCUUGGAUAUGAGUUUUAG